GUCUGACAGUUCAUAAAGGGCAAUUGCUGAGAGACAGUGUGUGUGAGAGUUUCGUUCCUGAGUUCCAAUCUUCUCAGCAAAGGACAAUGAAUAUUUUUCAUAGGUUGUUUAUGUUAUACUUGUAUUUGUGCACACCGAUCUUAUUUGUGGAACUUUCUUUGUUUCUUUAUUAUGCAUUCAAGAACACACCGAUACCAUCAGAAACCAAAGAUCCAGUAAAGCUACGGCUGUAUCACGUGGUCUCACUGUUGGUCUUUCGUUUGGGGAAGAUUUCUGAGAGAUUAGGGAUCUGCAGCCAAAUUACAUUUGUUAGAUUUAUGUUAAAUAUGACACCCGCUGGAGAAAAAUCAAAUCUCUCAAUUCGGGAUACAAAGUUUGAACAUGUUCCAGUAAGGAUUUACCAACCAACCAGCCCUUUUACUCAACCAAGGAAAGGACUGAUCUACCUACAUGGAGGAUGUGGGAUAUUUGGAAGCAACAGAGGCUAUGAACGAGUAUGCCGCCAUCUUGCCCGAAAAAGUGACUCAGUGGUUGUUUAUGUUGAGUAUCGACUAGGUCCUGAGCACCAACAUCCAGCCCAGUUAUUGGACUGUCUCACAGCCACGACAUAUUUCCUGAACAAGUCAAAAGACUAUGGAGUGGAUCCUAACAGCAUUAUUCUUGUGGGAGAAAGCAGUGGAGGUGCACUUGUUGCUGCUGUUUGCCGAGAACUGGUAAAAAGAUCAACUACCCCAAAGAUUCGAGCCCAGAUCCUGAUCUACCCAUUCCUGCAGAUAAUGGAUCUUUCUUUGCCAUCCCAUCAGCAAAAUCAAUUUGGUCCUGCCUUGACCCGACCGCGGGCUAUGAAACUUGGCUUAGUGUAUAUGAACGCCAACAUUCAGGAUGUUGAAAGACUCAUGAACAAUGCCCACGUUCCUGAGUUCAUGAAGAUGAAAUAUAAGAAGUGGCUUAGUGCAGACUGCAUUCCAGAGGAAUUUAAAGCCAGAGGCUAUAAGCCACCACCACCCAUUCCAUUUUCAAAAGAACUGUAUGAACAAACCAGACUGAAUGACGAGACAAUGCUGUCACCAAUUUUAGAUGAGGAUGCCAUUGUCCAACAGCUCCCUCAGACUUACCUUUUAACCUGUGAAUAUGACUUAAUAAGAGAUGAUGGACUUCUAUACAAGAAACGUCUAGAGGACAAUAAUGUGGCUUUGACAUGGAAUCAUAUGAAGGAUGGAUUCCAUGGACUUAUAAUGUUUGUUGACACUGGGCCACUUGAGUUUUCAUGUACAAAAACAGCAAUUGAAAAUAUACUGAAGUUUAUAAGGGGGUUAUAAGAAUGACAACAACCAGCCUGAGAGUUCUGAUCUCCUACUUUCAUAGUACCUGGUAAAUAUCCCUGGAGAACAAGUAGCAGCUGAAGUGAUUUCUACCCAUUCUCUGAAGGAAGCUUUUCAUAUAGGCCUGUGAGGCUGCUUCUGUACUAUGUUGGAACUUUGGGGGCUUUCUCUCUCUCCACAGAAGCCUCCCUCCGCAUCCCCCUGAAAGUCCAGGCCUUCCAGUGCAAUAUCCAACAACAGUACCAGCAACUGCAGACAGAAAUGAAAAUUAGGCAAAGUUCCAUGUGUGUGUGAAAGCAUUUCGCACAUGCACAUGGGGCUCAUAAAAGGGCAGCAUGUACUGUAUAAUUAUGUAAUGCAGGAGUCUUUCCAUUCUGUAUGAAAAUUCUGGUCCUGUCUGGGCAGAACUGUGUAGGAGUAUAACAUGGCACAUAAGUAGGUGAACAUAAUAGGUGAAGAUUUCUCCUCAAUCCCUUCCCAUGACAGUGCCUAUGUUGUAACUUGCAAAUUCAAUCAGCUUGAUACUAAACUUUACAUGCAAGACAUGCAGCCUACUGUUAACACAUACUCAGAAGUGUAACUGAAUUCACUGGGGGUUGCUUCUAAGAAAGUAUGCACACGAUCGCAGCCUGAACUGUAGACCUCUCCUAGUAUAAAAGCCUGUGUCUUUUUACCUACCCAUAUUAGUAGCCGCCUUCUCUGGUAAAGCCAUGUGCUAAUUAAUUCCAGCUUUCUUGAUGAAUGUUUACCUUAAAAAUUCAAAUUGUACACUUUGAGAUUAUUUAUAUCAUUCUCCUAAUUUCUCAUUUGCAAUAAAAUGUAUUCUGACAGUUAACACUACAAUGUCACGGUUAUGUAUGCUGAUCCUAUAGCAUGCACUACUGCCAGCACAGAACCUUUUAAGAGGCAGAGAAUAUGUGUGAAAAUGUUCAUUUGAUCACC